GGCUGUGGCUGUGAGAUGAGUCACCUUUCUCUGGGAGGAGGAAAAAAAACCAUCAGCUCCAACACGUACACUGAUCGCAGGAGGACUGACUGACUCUUGACUGACUUGAGGAUCGCCCAGGGUCUGGGUCCUGUGGGGUUGUUUAUUUCCAGGUCCAAGUCGGCUUUGGAUCAGCUCAGCACUGACUGCAACAGAAGUUAAAAAGACAAGUCGCCUCAACCUCUGAGCAACUCUCCCAGCAAAAGAGCUACAGUUCCACUCCACUGGGCCAAGGAUCCAGCAGCUGACUUCAGCAAAGGAACGAUGGAGUCUGUUAGCAAGAUGUGUCAUAACACAAUGACCACCACAAAUCUGUCAGCUGGCGGAGAACUCGCACUAGACCCACUGGUGACAUGCAAGUUAUGCCUUUGUGAAUAUUCUUUCGACAGAAUGACCACCUUGCAGCAAUGUGACUGUUCCUUUUGCACAAUGUGCAUGAAGCAGUAUGUAGAGUUGAUGAUCCGAGAAGGCUGUGGGUCUCCUGUCACAUGCCCAGACAUGGCCUGUUCUAAACUGGGUGUCCUGCAGGAUGCAGAGAUUACAUGUUUGGUCCCUGCUGAUCUGCUCCAGCUGUACCAGAAACUGAAAUGUGACCGAGAAGUUCAUCUUGAUCCCUUCAGAACGUGGUGUCCUGAAUCUCAGUGCCAGGCUGUGUGCCAGGUUGAAGCAUCUGAUUCCGACCGGCCUGUGCAAGUGAAUUGCCCCUCCUGCCACACACAGUUUUGUUCCGUCUGCAAGGCCGGCUGGCAUCCGGGGCAAACGUGCCAGGAGAGCCUGCCAAUCACGGCCUCCAACGUAGAGGACAGUGGUAUUCCGAUCAGCAGUGACACCGAUGCUCCCAUCAAACAGUGCCCGGUGUGCCAUGUCUUCAUCGAACGAAACGAAGGCUGCGCUCAAAUGAUGUGUAAGAACUGCAAGCACACCUUCUGCUGGUAUUGCCUUCAAAAUUUGGAUAAUGACAUUUUCCUGAGACAUUAUGACAAAGGACCCUGCCGAAAUAAGUUAGGUCACUCCAGGGCAUCUGUCAUUUGGAAUCGAACCCAGGUUGUUGGGAUUCUGGUUGGUUUAGGCUUGAUUGUCCUGGUCACGUCUCCACUGCUUCUACUGGCCUCCCCCUGCAUCAUCUGCUGCGCAUGUAAGUCCUGCAGAGUUAAGCGGAAACACCACCGUCCCCCGUCUCCUUAAACCGAGGGAAAACGGGAUCCUGUGAUCUUCCCGUGCUAAGCCUCUCAUCAGUCCACCUUGCCAUUCACUCAGAAGGAGAACCUGCUGAAUUCAAUGCUGCAGAAACCAUGUGUGAUAAGGGUUAUGGGGGUGGGGAGGGUUUGGCGAAGACUUUAGAGGUAUGAGUGCAGCAGCUGACUGGGAGCAAGUUACACAAAGGUGGAAUUUUAUGCAAGGAAGGACGGUGUUCUUCAGCUGUCAAUGAUAAUGCAAGAUAUAGCACGUAGCACUUAAUAAUCUGAGUGUGGACUGCUUCUGGCCCUUUCUCCGCCUUCCUGCUUCAGUGCUGUGGUACUUCACCAUUGCCAUGGUAACAAUGGGGGCACAGCACAGCGGGGAGCAGGACAAGUGUCACUUGGGGAGGAAAAAUCACCAGUUCAGUUUCAUUUGGGACCCGUUUUUUUUCAAUACUGAAAACGAACUGUGAAAAAAUGGCUUCUAAAUUCAGAAUGAGUUUAACAAUUUUCCAGAAAUUCUGCGUUGGGUUUAAGAUGUCUGUUCCUUAUGAUGCUUACCAAGAUGCAGUUAUGUGUUUUGCCUACAAAAUAUAC